GUUCAUAGUUCAGUAAUUAAUUUUGUGCAAAUCAUCGAGCUGGGUGUUCAGUAUUUUAGGAGUCAUCCUCCUCAAAAUUUGUUUUUUUAAUGGUACACAGAGUACAAUGUAUUUUGGAGAUAUUUUUGCCAUCUGCUAGUAAUAGCUUAAAGCGACCUGAUGUCUGAACGACUGUACCCGACGUUGUUGAUUGCUUAUCCCACUUGUGCUAUUUGCAGUGGAUACUUCUCCAUGAUUUUAUCGACAAGGCCACAGAGACAAACCAACGUUGUUUGCUUCUUUUCUCCACCGACAGGUGCAACUGUGCGAGGCUCUCUCUCCUUUCGAGACUGGAGCUGAUCAAGUGCAAGGCUACGGGCUACAGCGGCGAGUGACGCGCUUGCGGCUGCAGGCUGCUGAGCUCGUCCGUCAAGCGCCGCCUUAAUUUGAGACGGGUCCGAGCAGCUCCAACCUUGCUCUCCACGAACCGGCCAAGCCCAAUUCGCCGUUGAGUUCCGGUCGACGGAGGAACACAAGAACGACAGGGCACCACACCGCUCUAGGAGAUCCUUCCGAUGGCAGAGCUGAUGGCCACCAUGGUGGUCGGGCCACUGCUGUCCAUGGUGAAGGACAAGGCCUCCAGCUACCUCCUGGAGCAGUACAAGGUCAUGGAGGGCAUGGAGGAGCAGCAUGAGAUUCUCAAACGCAAGCUGCCCGCCAUCCUCGACGUCAUCGCCGACGCCGAGGAGCAGGCGGCAAAACACAGGGAAGGGGCGAAAGCAUGGCUUGAGGAGCUCCGGAAGGUGGCCUACCAGGCCAAUGAUGUCUUCGACGAGUUCAAGUACGAGGCACUCCGCCGCAAAGCCAAGGCCAAGGGGCACUACAAGAAGCUCGGCAGCAUUGUUGUUAUAAAGCUCAUUCCUACUCACAACCGUAUUCUGUUUCGUUAUAGGAUGGGCAACAAGCUCAGGAUGAUCCUGAAUGCCAUUGAAGUCCUAAUUGCAGAGAUGAAUGCCUUUAGGUUUAAGUUCCGACCAGAGCCACCAAUGUCCUCCAUCAAAUGGAGAAAGACGGAUUCUAAAAUCUCCAACCUUUCUAUGGACAUUGCCAACAAGUCAAGAAAGAAAGACAAAGAGGAGAUUGUCAAUCGAUUGCUUGCUCAAGCCAGCAAUGGGGAUCUCACUGUUAUUCCCAUUGUAGGAAUGGGGGGGAUGGGCAAGACCACCUUAGCGCAGCUCGUUUACAAUGACCCUGAAAUUCAGAAGCAUUUUCAGUUGCUGCUCUGGUUGUGUGUCUCUGACAACUUCGAUGUGGAUUCGCUGGCAAAAAGAAUAGUUGAAGCAGCUCCCAAAGAAAUGAAUAAGAAGAAUGAUAAUGGAGGGGCCAAAAAGUUACCACAGGAUGAACUUAAAGAAGUUGUGAGUGGGCAGAGGUACCUCCUCAUUUUGGAUGAUGUCUGGAACCGUGAUGCCAGUAAGUGGGAAGCACUCAAGUACAACCUUAAGCAUGGUGGCAGCGGUAGCUCAGUUUUGACAACAACUCGUGAUCAAGCAGUUGCUCAACUAAUGGCUCCAGCUCAAGAAGUUUAUGAUCUCAAGAACCUGAAUGAAAGCUUCAUUGAGGAAAUUAUCAAGAGAAGUGCUUUCAAUUCAGAACAAGAAAGGCCUCCUCCUGAGCUACUCGAAAUGGUUGGUGAUAUUGCCAAGAAAUGUUCUGGUUCCCCUUUAGCUGCAACAGCAUUGGGCUCUACACUGCGUACGAAGACCACCAAGAAAGAAUGGGACGCUAUAUUGAGCAGAAGCACAAUUUGCGAUGAGGAAAAUGGAAUUUUACCAAUACUCAAACUCAGUUACAAUUGCUUGCCAUCAUAUAUGCGGCAAUGUUUUUCCUUCUGUGCUAUUUUUCCCAAGGAUCAUGAGAUCGACGUGGAAAUGCUGAUCCAGUUAUGGAUGGCCAAUGGUUUUAUCCCGGAGAAACAAGGAGAGUGCCCUGAAAUCAUUGGUAAAAGAAUUUUCAGUGAGUUGGUGUCAAGGUCAUUUUUUCAGGAUGUGAAGGGGAUCCCAUUUGAGUUCCAUGAUAUAAAGUGCUCUAAGAUUACUUGUAAGAUCCAUGACCUUAUGCAUGAUGUUGCACAAUCUUCCAUGGGAAAAGAAUGCGCUACUAUAGCUACAGAACUUAGUAAAAGUGAUGAUUUUCCUUAUUCCGCUCGCCACUUGUUUUUCUCAGGUGUCAUUUUCCUAAAGAAAGUAUAUCCAGGUAUCCAAACAUUGAUAUGUUCCUCGCAAGAAGAAUUGAUACGUUCCUCGCGAGAAAUAUCAAAAUACAGUUCAUUGCGAGCUUUAAAGAUGGGGGGAGAUUCAUUCCUGAAACCAAAAUAUCUUCAUCACCUGAGGUAUCUUGAUUUGUCAUACAGUAAAAUUGAAGCACUUCCUGAAGACAUAAGCAUCCUAUAUCAUCUGCAAACAUUGAACCUUUCCAUUUGUGACUGUCUUUGUCAACUCCCAAACGGAAUGAAGUACAUGACCGCCCUCCGUCACUUGUACACUCACGGAUGUUGGAGGUUAAAAAGCAUGCCUCCGGACCUCGGACACCUCACUUGCCUACAGACGCUUACAUGUUUUGUAGCCGGUUCUUGCUCUGGCUGCAGUGAUUUGGGAGAGCUGCGGCAGUUGGACCUUGGUGGUCGACUAGAGCUAAGAAAACUGGAAAAUGUGACAAAAGCUGAUGCAAAAGCAGCAAAUCUCGGAAAGAAGGAAAAACUGACCGAAUUGAGCUUAAGAUGGACUGGUCAGAAGUACAAGGAGGCACAGAGUAAUAAUCAUAAAGAGGUGCUGGAAGGUCUCACGCCUCACGAGGGGCUCAAGGUUCUGAGUAUACUUCACUGUGGGAGCAGUACAUGUCCAACAUGGAUGAAUAAACUGCGGGACAUGGUGAAGCUUGUGUUAGAUGGUUGCAAAAAUCUCGAGAAGCUUCCUCCACUGUGGCAGCUGCCAGCUCUAGAAGUUCUUUGCCUUGAAGGACUGGAUGGUUUAAAUUGCUUGUUCAACUGUGACAUAUACACCUCCUUUACAUUUUGCAGACUGAAGGAGCUUACCUUGGCCAGUAUGAGAAAUUUUGAGACAUGGUGGGACACAAAUGAGGUAAAAGGAGAAGAGCUGAUAUUUCCUGAGGUUGAAAAGCUGAUAAUCAAAAGUUGUCCUAGGCUAACUGCCUUACCAAAAGCGUCAAAUGUGAUUUCAGAAUUGUCUGGCGGAGUUAGCACCGUGUGUCAUUCUGCAUUUCCAGCAUUGAAGGAAAUGGAAUUAUAUGGUUUGGAUAUCUUUCAGAAAUGGGAGGCAGUCGAUGGAACUCCAAGGGAGGAGGUAACAUUUCCUCAGCUUUACAAAUUAGAUAUUAGACGGUGCCCAGAGUUGACUACUCUACCUGAAGCACCAAAGCUGAGAGACUUAAACAUAUAUGAAGUCAAUCAGCAAAUAUCCCUACAGGCAGCCAGCAGAUAUAUUACUUCAUUGUCCAGUCUCCACCUGCAUUUGUCAACUGAUGACACAGAAACAGCACCGGUGGCCAAGCAACAAGAUUCGAGUGAAUUGGUGAUUGAGGAUGAGAAAUGGAAUCAUAAAUCUCCCCUGGAACUUAUGGACUUAACUGGCUGCAACCUUUUAUUCUCUUACCCAAGUGCGUUGGCUCUGUGGACAUGUUUUGUUCAGCUCCUAGAUCUGAAUAUUUGGGAAGUCGAUGCGCUUGUCGACUGGCCAGAAGAGGUGUUCCAGGGCUUGGUUUCCUUGAGGAAGUUACAUAUUCUUCAAUGCAAGAAUCUGACAGGACUCACACAAGCUCGUGGGCAAUCUACACUAGCACCAAGUGAACUCCUGCCACGUUUGGAGUCCCUGCAGAUACGCCGUUGUUAUUCUUUUGUAGAGGUCCCCAACCUACCGACGUCUCUCAAGCUAUUACAAAUUACGGACUGCCAUGACCUGAGGUCCAUCAUAUUCAAUCAGCAGCAGGAUACGACGAUGUUGGUGAGUGCAGAAAGCUUCGCACAGCCGGACAAGUCAUCGUUAAUAUCAGGGUCCACCAGCGAGACCAACGAUCGCGUCCUUCCACGCCUAGAAUCUCUAGUAAUAGAGUAUUGCAAUCGUUUGAAGGUUCUCCAUCUUCCUCCGUCCAUCAAGAAAUUGGAUAUUGUACGCUGUGAAAAACUUCAGUCACUCUCAGGAAAGCUGGAUGCCGUUCGAGCAUUAAAUAUCAGCUAUUGCGGGAGCUUGAAAUCACUGGAAUCUUGCUUAGGAGAGCUCCCGUCGCUGCAACACCUCAGACUUGUUAAUUGCCCAGGCCUGGUAUCCUUGCCGAAGGGGCCUCAAGCAUACUCAUCUCUUACAUCUCUUGAAAUUCGUUAUUGUUCUGGUAUAAAUUUGCUUCCACCGAGCCUGCAGCAACGUCUGGAUGACAUCGAGAAUAAAGAACUAGAUGCCUGCUAUGAAGAAUCAGAGGCAAAACCAGAACCAAAGUCUCCUCAUCGUCAAUCUGCAAUCAGUAGGCUGCUGUGCUUGGAGUAGCAGUUUCAGGACCAAAUGAGAGUUGUCAUCAUGGAUCGUUACCGAAUCUGCAAUUGUUGGGUUAUUAAUUGUGUGAUUGUAUCUCAUGGUAGAAUGUAUUACCUACCUACCUUUUCUCAAGAUAAACUCCACUAAAGUCGAUCUUCUGUUUGGUGUUGUUGAGUUGUGGUCCAAAUUUAUUUGCACUUAAUAAAUGCCAGCUUCUGCCGUAGCGGAGCGGAGGCCCGUCGUCGGGAGGCUUGGGCUGGAGCGUCGCCGGGAGGCCUGCCCGUCAUCCCUUUUAGAGUUCCACCAUAUAUAUACCUCUUGUAAGCCGCCUUACGGCGAUGUAACCUCACCUCAGAUAUAGUAAAGAUAUUUUGCUGGCUGGCA